AUGGCAAGCAUAUCAACAUAUCCUAUGCAAAGUCUAAAAUUAGCAUUCAACAAGAUAACCAAUAAAUGCGUUGGAAAGUCCCAAACAAUGAAUCGACCCAUGAUCAUAAUGCAUGGAUUAUUUGGUAAUUCAAAUAAUAAUCGGACCAUGGCGAACUUCAUUCUUGAAAUUGAAACACAGAGGAAUCCUGGUUCGUAUAGAGACAUUUAUCUUUUGAAUAUGAGAAACCAUGGAACAUCACCAUGCGAUCCUGAUAUGGCAUACGGAACAAUGUCUCAGGAUAUCUUUAAAUUUAUUAAAGACCAUAAUUUGGAACAGCCUGUCCUUGUUGGACAUUCGAUGGGUGGGAAGGUAGCUAUGCAUUGUGUUUUAGAAAAUCCAGGGAUGUUUUCAUCGAUAGUUUGUAUAGAAAAUUCCCCAGUUGUUCAACCAAUCAACAAAAAGUUUAUUGAAUACAUCCAAGUGUUACAAAAUAUCUGUCAAGAUCCGAAUAUAAAGACAUUAGCACAAGCAAAGGAUGUCCUUGAUAUUGUAGAAAAAAAUCCAUUAAUUUCAGGGUUUUUAUUAACCAUGUUACAAAGAAAGAACAGUAAUAUCAGCAACCUAAGUGGCAUCAAUAGUACAGACCAGCCAGGCUUACAAAGUAAAUUACCGUUAGAUAUUCUGAAAAAUUCUUUGGCAAAUGGGUCGAUAUCGGGCUGGAAUAAUCAACACUUUGGUGAUAAACAAUAUUUCGAACCAGCUUUGUUUAUUAAGGGAUCAAAAUCUGAUUAUAUAAAGGAAUAUAAAGAUUGGGAUACUAUCCAAAAGAGAUUCCCUAAAGCUGUCCUCGAAGUCGUGAAAGAUGCAGGUCACUUUGUGAACGCCGAACGGCCACGUGACUGUGCCAGUCUUAUUACGCGUUUUUUGAUCCGAUAA